UCAGGGCGCACAAGUUGUGACGCUGACCCCCGGGCACGCGCUGGCCCCCUGCACCCGGCGCGCGUCACGUUUCCCUGUCCUGACAGAGCCUGUUCCAAAAUAGACGGCACCCACCCACACCCUCCUCUCCCCCCUGCACUGCCCUGGUACUCUCCCCUCUCUCUCUCUCUCUCUCUCUCUCCCCCUGCUGAGGAGCGUCACGCAGUUGUCCAGUACGCCUCCUCAGAAAGAGUCCGCACCGACUCCAACAAACCGGAAUAUCAGCUCAAAGGAAUAAGUUCAUCAGAAGGAGGAGGAGGAGGCGUAGCAGCAGGCUGUACGACAGAAACCGUGAGAGCUGUCCAGGGAAGAGGGGUCUCCCCAAUACCUGAGCCAUGAGUCGCAGCAUUGUGCGGCAGAGUAAGUUUCGCCACGUCUUUGGCCAGGCGGUUAAGGCUGAGCACGGUUACGAUGACAUCCGUGUUUCCAAGGUGACGUGGGACAGCUCCUUCUGCGCCGUCAACCCAAAGUUCCUGGCGGUCAUCGUUGAAUCCAGCGGAGGAGGAGCUUUCCUGGUUCUGCCCCUCUCCAAGACAGGUCGUGUGGACAAAAACUACCCGCUGGUGAUUGGCCACUCUGGACCCGUCCUCGAUAUCGACUGGUGUCCUCAUGACGACAACAUCCUGGCCAGCUGCUCGGAGGACUGUACUGCGAUGGUGUGGCAAAUCCCAGACCACUCCCUGACCCGCCCCCUCUCGGAUCCAGUCGUGGUCCUGGAGGGACACUCAAAACGUGUCGGCAUUGUCAGCUGGCACCCCACGGCACGCAACAUACUACUCACUGCGGGCAGUGACAACCUGAUCAUAAUUUGGAACGUGGGGACAGGUGAGCCCCUCAUUUCUAUGGACGACCACCCAGACCUCAUCUACAGCAUCAGCUGGAACCGAAACGGCAGCCUGUUUUGCACCACCUGUAAGGACCGACGCCUGCGUGUCUGCGACCCCCGCAAGAGGGAAGUGGUUGCGGAACGUUUGGCUCCACACGAAGGGAUCCGGCCAAUGAGAGCCAUCUUCACCAGAGAUGGAAACAUCUUCACCACAGGGUUCACCAGGAUGAGCCAGAGAGAGCUCGGACUUUGGGACCCGACGAACUUUGAGGAGCCUAUUGCACUGCUGGAGCUGGACACGAGCAAUGGAGUGUUGUUACCAUAUUAUGAUGCAGAUGCAAACAUGGUCUACCUCUGUGGAAAGGGGGACAGCAGUGUUCGUUACUUUGAGAUCACAGACGAGCCACCAUACGUCCACUACCUCAACACCUUCAGCAGUAAGGAGCCCCAGAGAGGGAUGGGGUUCAUGCCCAAGAGAGGUGUGGACGUCACCAAAUGUGAGAUCGCAAGGUUAUUCAAGCUCCUUGACAAGAAGUGUGAGCCCAUCACAAUGACAGUGCCCAGAAAAUCGGACCUCUUCCAGGAUGACUUGUACCCGGAUACAGCAGGGCCUGAGCCCGCCAUGGAGCCUGAAGAGUGGCUGGAUGGUCGUGAUGAAGAUCCAAUUCUGGUAUCCAUGAGGGAUGGCUACGUGCCGCCUAAGAGUCGAGAGCUCAAAGUGGCGAAGAAGAACAUUCUGGACUCCAGACCUGGCACCCGACGCAGCAUGUCCACUUUGGAAACCAACAGUCUGCCGCUCCCUUCUUUGUUUUGGUUUAUUUUUCCUAGUUGCUCACUGUCCUUGACCUAUUUUUCCUCUUUUUCUUCAUCUUUAAUUUCACCCUCCCUGUCACUGUCUUUUCCCCCUUUCCUCUUCUGUUUCCAUUUGUUCCUUUUCCUCUCUACUCUUCUACUGUCCAGCCUCAGUUGCUUGAGAGGUUGUUGGAAGAGAUUCAGAAUCUGAAGGCCACAGUUUUGUCUCAGGAGAAGAGAAUCUGUGACUUGGAGAAUAAGCUUUCCCAGUACACCAAUGGCACUGACUGAUGUGCAUCAAACUGGUCUGACUUUCAGAAUCACAGUUAUUACAGGAAAAUAUUUCCCUUACAUUCACAAUAGACCACUCUUCAAAAUUCGUUAAUAUCGUUGCCCCUUUAAAGGUACCAUUGUGUGAAAACAUGAAUGUGGCCAAUGUAAGUGCAAACAGAUUUCAACAAAUUACAUCAAUAACUCAUGUGAUUGUUUUGUGGGUGAGUAUACACAAUCCACAUUCCAGUUUUAACAUAAUGUACCUUUAAUGCAAAAAUAGUUGAAUAUAUUCCCACCUUUACAGUGAUUUGUAAAGAAUGAGAAGAGUGCAAAAGUGGAGUUGGGGAGCUGAGGGUUAGAGGGACACGAGCAAGUUGGGUUAGCGCUAGUAAACGACAAGUAGCAAAAAUCGAAUGCCAGAAAAGUGCAACUACAAACUCCCUAACCUAUUUAGUAAUACACACACACACACAUACCACAUUAAAACAUACACUUCUCAACACAUGUUUUUGCCUCACAAACUGACCAGUUUAUUUAUUACAUCUCUCUGAAAAUUUUCAAAAUGUAAAUAGUGUUAAAGAAAAAGGAGAAAAAUUGUUGAACUUGUAGCAAAAUGUGAAAAGCAAAACGUUUUGUGUUCUGUAAAGGAUUAUACAUUAGGCACAUUAUAACGACAAUAAAAACAAUGUUUUUUAAAAAA